UCAUUCCCUCCCUAAGUCUAGAAAAAUAAAGUAUAUAAAUCAGCGGUCAUGAAUAUUAAUGAAUUAAAUUUUAUAAUACUAUAAGCUAGUAAAUUAGUAAGUAGUAAUAUGGAGUAAUUACUAAUGUUUUGGUGGAAGGGUGGGAGUGGGAAAAGUAACGAACGGAAUAACCGCCGGUUCAGUACGACGUCGUAAACCAGAUUCCCAAAUUUGAUUUUAACCAACCGAGAUCCGACCAAGUCUGAGAAUCACGCAGAGAUACGACACUCUCUGCGUGUAUCAUCCAAAAUUUUCAAAUUAAACAAAACAAAAUUUCAUCUUGAUUUGAGCGCAGGCAGCAGGAAUCAAUCCAUCAAUUAAGCGUGAUCCGCACAGCUUACCGAUAAACAAGGAUUCAUCAGUCAAGCAAAAUCACGCAACGAUGGCGAAACGCUUUGGAUGUGGAUUUUUGGUCUCGUGGCUCCGUAGAAAAAUUGUGGACCCUCUUCACCAAAUCCUUCGCCGGGGAGCCGAGCCCAAGCAGCUCGCAUUCUCGGCUGCGCUGGGAAUCACUUUAGGGAUCUUCCCCAUCUGUGGGGUUACUGUGUUUUUAUGCGGGUUAGCUAUUGCGGUGCUUGGAUCCCAUUGCCAUGCUCCAACUGUAAUGCUGACUAACUUUAUUGCUACUCCUAUUGAGUUGAGUUUGAUGAUCCCCUUUCUACGAUUUGGUGAAUUCAUUACUGGUGGACCUCAUUUCGCUCUAACUUCGGAUGCUCUUAAGAAAGUCAUCACCGGAAAAGCUUCAUGGGAAGUCCUGCAUAGCAUUUUCAACGCGCUGCUGGGAUGGUUUGUUGCUGCACCAUUUAUUUUAGGCGGCCUCUACUUGUUAUGCUUGCCAUGCUUCCGGAUGUUGGUUCACAGGUUUGCGGUCGUUCCUUCAACCCCCAAAAAGCCACUCGGCUCAAUUGGGAGCCCAAGAAAGACUCCCAACUCCCCCCGUGAAGUCAGGCUAAAGGUCAGGACGUAUGAUUAAAGAAUCAACGGUACGCCAUCGCCAUCGCCAUUGGACACACCUUAGAUAUAACUGUUUCAAAGCUUUUUUUGUACAGGCUGCUAUAGCAUGUAAAUGUUGUACCCUAAAUUCUAUUUUUUUUUCUAGUUUCUUUGUCAUGUUGCUCUUGCAAGGCAUCGUGAAUCAGACUUUCACAGUAUUAUCUAAACGAUAAUUUAAUUUAAUUUAAUUUAAUUUAAUUUAA